GGGCGGAUGCAUUAAAGCAUUUUUAUACCACUUUGUGUUUAUUAAAAAAUAGGAUUUGUCUUUUCUCAAGUACUUCAAGUUGUGAAUUUAAUAUCAUGCAAUUGUUUAUUGUGGAAACACAACAAAAGGCUGUUCAAAUUAUUAGUAUAAACUAAAGCAGGGAACAAGAAAACCAGAAACACUAUCAAUUAAAAUCAAGAAAAUGGAAAAUUUAGAUGGAAAUGUUGACAUUGAAACAACAUCGUCAGAGGAGUAUAUUCCUAAUAUUUGCGAACAUUGUGACAGUGGUGGAAAGCGUGCUGAAGCUGAUGGGUUUUGUGUUGAUUGCAGUGAAUAUUUGUGUAACUGCUGUUUGUUGUACCAUGUUAAGUAUAAACCUGAACAUUCAACUAAAAGUAAAGAUGAAAUGCCGCAGGAUGUACGUUUUGAGAAAUGUUUAAAGCAUCACAUGAAACAAAUGAAGUAUUUUUGCACGGAAUGUAAUAACUUCGCAAGCGCAGAAUGUAUAACAAACGAAGGUUGUCAUCACGAAGACGGAUGUCGAAAUAAAACAUGGACAUCUCUUUACAAAGUUGCAUGGGAAAACAAGGUAUCGAAAACACAAGUUGACACGAAACUUGCUGAAGCAACUGAUAAACUGGCAAACAUUGAAGACACAAUCGAUAAAUUAACGACAAAAAGGAAAGAUAACAUUCGAAAAUCUAUAAAAAAACACAGACAAAACUUAGAAAGUAAGAUCAAAGAGCUUGAAUGUCAUUUCUUAAAGAAAAGUGAUGAGAUUGAAAACACGUUUAAACCGUCAAUAGAUUCUCUGUCGUGCAACGUUCAGUCUAUGAAAACCAUGUUACGUUCUGUUGAGUCUCAAUCGGACAACUGCUGCUCAAACUUUAUUGCCGUCAAAAACAUAGACCGAAGCAUUGCUCCAGUCGAGAAGGGUCUUGAAUGCUUAAAGAAGCAGAUUAUGGCAUACGAGUUCAAAGCAAACCCAAGCCGCAUAGUUGACAAAUCGGACUUUGGAAACAUAUUGUUCUCAGAAACUUUCCUGACAAAAACAGCGUGUUAUAAGAACGAUAUUGAUGUUAAUCUGUACUAUAGAUGGAUUUGUCCUACAAAUAUGAAUGAUGUAUUAAUAAAAGAUGAUCUACUUGUUGUUGUUACAUACAUGUGUAGUGCCAUUGUGUUGGUUGACCCCAUCAAGCAGAAUGUUUUAUCAAAAUUAUUUAUGUCAUCAAGUCCAAAGAGUGCAAUAUCCAUAAAUGGGACUGGAAUAUCAGUAGCUCUACCACUUGAUGGCAAAAUCAAACUGUUUGACAUAAUAAACUCAGAAUUUGUCGAUAGAAAAAAGGACAUUGGAGUUGGAAAGGAUUGCUGCAGUCUGGCAUACAGCAAAAGUCAAUGUUAUUUGUAUGUGUCAUAUAAAGAACCUACAAGCAAAAUUACAAUACUAAAUGAAACUGGUAAAGUAGUUCGAUUAUUGGAUAAAGACUGUUUGGGAAAUAAGUUGUUUAUGAGUCCGCGAUAUAUAAUUCUAAGCUUAGACGAAGAAUCUCUCUAUGUUUCUGACGCACAAAGAAAUGCCGUGAUCAAAAUAUAUUCUGAUGGUAGAAUUGGAGCUGUGUCUAAGGACGAGGAACUAAAUGGUCCCAGAGGAUUAGCGAUAGAUGAACAUGGGACGGUUUUUGUUGCUGGCGAGAAGUCAAACAAUAUUUUUCAAUUAACCUCGGACUUGACAAAAAUAGGAAUCCUCGUUGGAUUGAAAGAUGUUCGUGACCCAUUAAGUAUCGCAAUUUGAAGGCAAAUAGAGGAAGAAUGUUUAUACGUGGGUAUGGUAAGAAAUACUAAAAUCAAAACAUUCAAAAUCAGAUGCAUGCAAGAAACUAUACUUUAAGCAAAAAUCAAAGACAGAUUUAGUAUUGGCUAAAAGAAUUAUGGUUUGCUGACGUCGACUUUUGACGGACAUGUAAACAGUGUUAUGAGUCAACUUUGUUUUUGUUAGUUACCUUAAGCACCAUUUUAGUAUAAACUUAUGGUCUGGUAAAACAUUAGCUGAAAAAAAUAAACGGUAUGUCACACAUGUUAAAUUACUUUUAUUCGGAUAAACAUGGAUUUCACAAACUGUGAUUAAAAAUGUUUAAAAAUUUAUUGAUGGAUUGUCGUACUCAGAACUUGCAUGAUAAUGUUAAUUUAUGACUGUCGUGUUUCCCGUAAGUAAAUCCCAAGAGUUUGUGCAGCUUGAAAGACACAAAAAUAAAUCAACGCAAUGUAUAAGCUGUUAAUGGGCUUUUAUUUUAAGCCGAUAAAUGGAUAACAUUUUACAUGUAGAUUUUUUAUGUCUUAACUAAUAACUCAAGUCGAGCCGACUUAUAUUAUAACCAUUUUGAGAGUUUGAUUUUUGUCUAUUGAAAUGCCAUUAAAGCAUUAAAUUGCUUAAUCAAAGUUCAGAUGUUCAACAUAGAGAUAGGCAGACAUUUAAAUAUUUCAUACAAUGAUCGUUUAUGUGCUACUUGCUUAGAAAGGAACAUUAGAUGUAUAGAAUGUGAAUAUCAUGCAUUUACCACUGUUGUAAAUAUACCGAUGUUAGAAAUGUAUAUCUCUACUUCUAUUAUUUUCGACAAGGUGGCAUAUUUCUAAAUACAAUUAAACGCUAUUUUACAAGUUUAAUACACUGGUAAUCCGUAUUUAUAUUGUGACACACUGAAGACUUUUAGUAGUAUUUAAUUUUUCGGAUCCGACAGAUAUCAAAAUUAAGUAUUGCAUUCUAUGAUUUUGUUAUCAACUUGGAUUGAUGAGUUAUCUACCUAUGUCUGUCAUCGUUUGGAAUGUAUUAAAAGUAGUAGAUAACGUCAUAUAAAAACGUCAUAUUAAUAUUAAAUUUUUAUUAAUAUUAUAUUGACAUAACCAUAUAAAAAUGCUAAUUUUAUUGUUUGAUAUCUAUUUUGGACCGGAAGCCUUUAAUUAUGAAAGAAAUAGUUGAGUCAUAUAUUUAAAGAUAUACUAUGCUCAUCGUUGAGUAAAAUAUGUGAAUCACAGAAAAUUAUUGAAAUCUGUGAUUCUUUCUAUAUGUCUUAUUUGAAUAAAACAACGAAGAAAAGUCCAUUCAUAAAUAACACAUUUAUAUUUCAUUAUCGCACAAAUCAAGCAAAAUUCAAUCAUUUGGCUUUCAAGUUCUGAGUCAUUGAAAUCAAUUUGAUCUAGUUAAAGAUCUCUUCCAAUAAUUAUUUAAUACAAGUAUGAAGAUUCUCCAUUUAUAAUUACAAGGUUAUAUAGCCAAUUAUAAGAAAAAUCGUGCAAAAUUAAAAAUUUUGACAUUGAGUGUCAUAACAAUUCAAACUGUCAAAGGAUAUUUAUUCAUAUUUGAUUUUGGGUACGAACGAUCUUUUGUUCAAAAUUAAAUAAAUAAAAAGUCCCCGAUGUAGCCUUUGUAAUGAUCAGGAUGAAACUAAAGAACAUAUCUUUUGGGAAUGUAUUCACAGCAAUAAAUCAAUGCACGAAAUUUGUAUAGAUAAACUUAACAUGCCAAAAUUGAAUAAAGAAACCAUUGUUGGGUUACACUAACGGAAAUAGUACAAAAUGUAAACACGUUAUAGUUCUUCAGUAUGUCAAAAUGUAUAUUUUUAAAUUCAAAACCCAAAAUAACAAGGAUAUCUUUUGCUGAAGCAAAAAUUAUAUUUCAUAUGUUCUAAAGGUAAAUGGAGCAAACUCGAAUAAAUGUGGACAUCUUGACCAAUUUAAGAAAGACUAAAAUGCUGCUUUAAAUACUCAUAGGUAUAUAUUUUCAUAUGUGGAUGUGUGGAUCGGCAUUUGUCUUUAGUGUUGAGUAUACUUGGAAUUACUAAGAAUAAAUUAGUAUAUUUUGUGCACCAAUUGAUGUUUUGAUGUGUUAUAUUGUUUUUUUUUCUUUUGAAAAUAUUCCUUUAAUAUUUAUUUUGUCCUCAGACCUCUCAACUAACUCCAUUUAGUAUGUUUUUAAUUCAUAAUUAUAAAUAGAAGUAAUUAUGUUUUGUGUAACUCAUAUUGUAACUUACGGAGUUUCUAUGAGUACCACAAAUAAAUUGUGCCCCGUAAAAACUGUAAAACUUACCUAACGACCUCCUUUAAAUAUUAUUUUUCUAAUAAAUGUUUUGUCGUGUUUUACAUAUGUUUUUACCAUGUCAACUUAAUUAUAAUACUUUUCAUUUGAUGCUUUUGAGUGGAUUUUAUUUGAUAAUUUCACAGUGAAAAUUAUCAAAAAAAAAUUCACUACAUUUUAAAGAUUUUACCCAAAUGGUACCUCACUUUUAGUUUGCUUAACAUUCCGACAUUGUCAGGGAUAUUAAGAGCAAAGCAAAAGAUACAACUUACUUACGAUGGCCAUAUAUAGUCGCCAAGUUUUGGUUUCAUUUUAACAGUCUGAAAAAUACACUUCCAUUCACAUGCAAAACUGCUUUUGUUGCCAUUUGGACAUUUUUGAGUAUCCUACGAGCAAAAACUGUAAUGCAAAAGAAAUGACAGUCACCAGCCCGAAAGAUAAGUUAACAACCCAGCGUUCGUUAAAAAUCCAUGUUUUCCAAUUUUUGCCGCUUUUUGAAUGUUUACACAUCUGUAAUAGGGGCCUGAAAAUAAUUCAGAAAAAGAAUAUGUCAAUUUCGUAAAAGAUGCAGUAGAUCUACAUGACAUUAUUUAGAUUUUAUCUUAAUUUUUCUAUAAAAUAUUUUAGUUCGAACUCUUAAGUGCAAAUGUUACAGGCGCGCCACGUGGUUUUGAACAUUGGAUCACCAACUUUUACCUGUGGAUUUAGGUGGGUUCUACCCUUCCAUAGACUGAGAAAAUUUUGAAUCAUUGGGUUGAAAAUUGUGCUAAUGCUUUUAUUAUAGCGUUUUAAAGGUAAUCAACGAUACUCUUUACAUGUGUUUGCUUAUGACUUACGUUAUUUCAAAACAAUUGAAGGGUGGGGUUGAAACUUCACAUACUUAUUUGAGGGUAUAAGGUCACUGCCCAAUGCCCACAACUGCAACAUAGAUUUUGAUAUAUUUUUUUAUCAUUGAAAAUUGUUCAAUACCCUGGCUCUUAUUUUACUUUUAAGCACAAAGAAAAGUCGAGCAAGCUGUCUAACUGACAGCUCUUGUUAUGAUUUAAACUUGUAAAUAUGCUUCAGAAAUGCUUUUAUUAUUUUUCUCGAAAGCUUUUUGAUGUUUGGUGUUCUGUUAUUUUUCCAAAAGGUUACUCAUUGGCGAAACCAUAUUUUGAGUGUACAUUGAUGUAUUAGCUAUUGAAGAAGUUGACAUAGAACUAUUCUGUAUAAAACUAUAAAAUAUGAAACAAAUUGAAACUAAGUUAAAUUUUUUAUUUUUAUGUCCAAUUUAUAAUGACAUAAGGAAAACAUAUUUACCUAGACAUUAUUGCUCAUUACAUAAUUUAAAUAAAUUCAUAUCAAUAACAAAACGUACAAACUAAACUGUUAAUUGUUCACUUAGCAUUAAAUUUGUUUAUUCAGCAAUGCAACUAAGAAUUGAAUCUACUUAAUACAUUUGUUUAAAUUAUUGUAUACUCAAACAUAUUUAUAUGUAUAAUUUAUAAUGUAUAUUACUUUUCUGUACUUUGUAUUAUACCGCCAAAAUGUUACUUGGCGAUGAAUGUAUAUUUUUGCCAAUA